UUGCAAGUCUACACUGAAACAACUGAUCAAUUUUUUUGCAGAAAAGUAGACGGAUGUAUAUAUCCCAAUCAAAAACUUCUCUCUCAUGGACUCAUACGAACCCCAGUUUUGAUCAAAGCAUGUUUGAAGGUGGCGCCGUUCGUGAUGACAAAACGUGAAUGCAUGGAGCCGAACAAUCGCACUGAGUGUGAGGGCAACAAUAAGUACGAAGGAUAUUGCAUGGAUUUGCUGAAGCUACUGGCUGAUCGCAUUGACGGAUUCAAUUUCGAGGUUUAUCUCGGAGAAAAGACAGGUUCAAAGCUGCCAGAUGGAAGUUGGGAUGGUAUGAUGGGAGACCUCUUAAAUGGCAAAGCGGAUGUUGCUGUGGCAUCGUUAACCAUUAAUCAGGAACGCGAACGUGUGGUCGAUUUUUCCAAGCCAUUUAUGACAACUGGCAUCUCGAUCAUGAUUAAAAAGCCAGACAAACAAGAAUUUUCAGUCUUUUCUUUCAUGCAACCCCUAAGUACAGAAAUUUGGAUGUAUAUUAUUUUCGCAUACAUUGGCGUAUCCGUCGUCAUUUUCUUGGUGUCCCGAUUUUCUCCAUAUGAAUGGAGGGUAGAGGAAACUGCAAGGGGCGGAUUUACAAUUUCCAAUGACUUUUCAGUUUAUAACUGUCUUUGGUUUACUUUGGCUGCUUUCAUGCAACAAGGAACGGACAUUUUACCGAGAUCCAUAUCUGGCCGAAUAGCCUCUUCGGCUUGGUGGUUUUUCACUAUGAUCAUUGUGUCCUCAUACACUGCCAACCUCGCUGCGUUUUUGACUUUGGAGAAAAUGCAAGCUCCCAUUGAGAGUGUGGAAGACCUUGCAAAACAGACGAAGAUCAAGUAUGGAAUACAAGGUGGAGGAUCGACUGCUUCAUUUUUUAAGUAUUCAUCAGUGCAGAUCUAUCAAAGAAUGUGGCGUUACAUGGAGUCACAAGUGCCGUCAGUGUUUGUAUCAAGUUAUGCAGAAGGUAUAGAACGGGUGCGAAGCCACAAAGGCAGGUAUGCAUUUCUUCUCGAAGCCACUGCAAACGAAUACGAGAACACUCGUAAGCCAUGCGACACGAUGAAAGUAGGAGCGAACCUUAACAGCAUAGGCUAUGGCGUGGCUACCCCUUUCGGCUCGGACUGGAAGGAUCACAUCAACCUGGCGAUCUUGGCCUUACAAGAACGGGGAGAGCUGAAAAAACUUGAAAACAAGUGGUGGUACGAUCGAGGCCAAUGUGACCAAGGCAUCACU